UCACCGAAUGACGAGGAGCCCGUGCUCUGGAGGGCCAGGUGACUCGCCCACAGUCACACACAAGCUACUGUUUAUACAGAGACAGAGUCUGCUGGGAAUCACCCCGACCCACUUUGGAGAGUUUCUAUUCCUGUAGAUGCCUGAAAGCCCCGGCCUGCCAGGCCUGUAGAAACAGCCCGUGCCUCAGUCUUUCGUGGGAUCUCCUAGUCCCUCCUGGGCAGGAAGCGGAAUCUGCCAGGCUGCGUUUCAGCCCAGACUUUUCUGAAUGUCUGGAACCUGCACGGGUUCCUUGCUGACAGCCUCCUGGGGCCCAUGGGUGACGCUUGGCUCUUCCUGCCCUGGAGAUGGGCCGCCCCGGGGAAAUCUCUGCUCACAGGGCCCUUGGGAGGGAUGCAGCCCAAGGCUGACCCAAGUCCCUGUGGAGGCCAGGCGCAGAGAAGCUAGGACCAAGGAGCAACAUCGCGGGCAUGCCCUGCUGACCGUCCCUGAGGACACGCAGGCAGGGGCUGAGGUCUCCUAGGCUGGACCUUCCCAACCCACAAGUCCUGAAAUAUGAAGGUGUCCAGCACCACCUUCUUUUCUGUGGGCAGUACUUCUGAAUCCUAAACCCCAGAAGCGCUGGAAGCCGUGACAGCCCUUUUCAGAUGCUGGCUGUCCCUGUGUGAUGCCAAGCUCAGAAUGUCUGCUGCGUGAGAUGGUCCCUCCUCUUCCAGAGGCUUCUCACACCUCGGCUCAGGCGGUGCCUCUUGACAUUUUUUGGGGGAAGCUGAGUGAGUGCGCAGACCCUCUGAGAGGACACAAGAACUUAGAGCCUCUUCCUGGCAACAUGUCCGCCACCCCAGGCCGCAUUCUAGCUGCACUUAGAGAGGAGGGAGACCCACGGAGCCCCUCUCCUGACCCGAGAGAAGGAGCCCCUCUCCUGACCCGAGAGAAGGAGCCCCUCUCCUGACCCGAGAGAAGGAGCCCCUCUCCUGACCCGAGAGAAGGAGCGCCUUGGCCAGACAAGGCUGCUGCGGAGCUGCUUGAAGAGAAUGUGGUCCCACCCCCGCAUUUCACAGGUGAGGAAGCUGAGACCCAGAGAGGGAAGUGACUCUCGCCAGAGCAGGCUGGUGACCAAGCUGGGAGGAGAAAUGACAUCUCACAACUCCAUCGGCUGCACUGGACCCCCUACAGUUCUAGAGAGUAAGAGGAACUUCAUCUCAUCUACCGUUGACGUUGUAGGAAGGAACAUGAGCCAGCGAAGCCAGAGUGAGAACUGCUCCUUCCAUGACGUGGAGGUGCUGAUGAAAACCGUGCAGCUGGCUGUCCACACCCCUACCUUCCUCCUCGGUCUGCUCCUCAAUCUGCUCGCCAUCCGAGGCUUCAGCUCCUUCCUGAAGAAGAGGUGGCCCUGCUACGCUGCCACCUCCAUCUACAUGAUCAACCUGGCGGUCUUCGACCUGCUGCUGGUGUUCUCUCUGCCAUUCAAGAUGGCCCUGUCUCACGUGAAGGCUCCCCUUCUGCCCUUCUGUACCCUCGUGGAGUGCCUCUACUUCAUUAGCAUGUAUGGGAGCAUCUUUACUGCCUGCUUCAUCAGUCUGGACAGAUUCUUGGCCAUCCGGUACCCGCUCCUGGUCAGCCACCUCCGGUCCCCCAGGAAGACCUUUGGGAUCUGCUGCACCAUCUGGGUCCUGGUGUGGGUGGGGAGCACCCCUAUCUAUAGCUUCCAUGGGAAAGUGGAAAACUACACGUGCUUCCACAACAUGUCUGACGGCACCUGGAGUACCAAGGUCUUCUUCCCUCUUGAGGUCUUCGGCUUCCUUCUUCCCAUGAGCAUCAUGGGUUUCUGCUCCUCCAGGAGCAUUUGCAUUCUGGUCGCCCGUCGGGACCACACCCAGGACUGGGUCCAGCAGAAGGCCUGUAUCUGGACCAUCGCGGCCAGUCUGGCUGUCUUUGUGAUCUCCUUUCUCCCAGUCCACCUGAGUUUCCUCUUGCAGUUCCUGGUGAGGAAUGGCUUUAUCGUGGAGUGCAGAGCCAGGCAGAACAUCAUCUUGUUCCUGCAAUUGUCCAUGUGUUUCUCCAAUGUCAACUGCUGCUUGGAUGUUUUCUGCUACUACUUUGUCAUCAAAGAAUUCCGCAUGGACAUGAUGGCCCACCAGCCUUCCAGGGUCCAGCUGGUCCUCCAGAAUUCCAUGACCACCGUGGCUAAGGGAAGAAAGCUGUGCUUGGAGGAAGGAAACCUCAGUCUGAAUUCCAUAGCAGAUACCUCUUCCUAGGGCUCUGAUAUGGGGGGGCUGACACAUGGCACAUUUACUGGUGUGCCGUCCCUCUGAUGCUCACUUGAAUGCCAUCUUUGCUCACUGUGACCCCAAACCCUUUCCCCAGCACCCAGACAACUUGAUAUAGACCACUCAGUGUCUGGGGAGCUCUGAAGAACUUAAGACCCAGGUGAGCUCUUGAUUUCUAAGCCUAAAAAGCAUGAGGUCGGAAGAAUUGAGAAUGAGACCAUCUGAAUAAGGCUGUUUCCCAGCUCUCCUCUGUCCUUCUGUUAGGCUAGAAGAUUCUGGAAAGGAAGAGAGAGAGGAGUUAGGAGAGAGAAUCAAGAGGGUUGGCAUGGAGGAGAGAUGGAGUGGGAGGGAUGGACCAAGCUCCUUUUUGGUUUGGGGAUCCCGGCGUGGAGCAGUUGUACUUUCUGGUCUCUUCUGGAGCUCUGUUGGCCCAUGACCUCACAGAGAUGCCAGCAGAAUGUGUGACUGGGGAGAGCAAGUAUGUGCAGAGAGCCCCGAGUUUUCUAUGGGCCUUGGAAAAGCCUGGAAGGCCAGCCAAACCUUCCUGUGCCCAGGACAAAGCUGCAGAGGGACUGAGGUGGGCCGGUGUGGACCAGGCUUUGUGAUGCUGUGGACACUUUGUGAAAAUAGUGGGGACGGAGCGGAAAGGCGCUGGUGACACCUGAGAGCCACGAGGGGGCAGGAUAUACCUGGGAAAGGUAGGAGACAGGCCAAGGGCCGGAACCGGGCAGCCCCUCCCGCAUUGCCAUUGGGGCGUCCACGGCGUGGAGUUUGAGCUCUGGCCCGGGGGAGGAGAGGCAGUGGAGACAAGCCUGGGAGUGGGAAAUUCCUGGACAUGACCAGUUUGCUCUCUUGAACAGGCUGCAAUGUUGUUGAUUAGGUUUAGUUUCCUUGAGAAUGAUGAGAAGGAAUCAGGCUUGAUUCGGUUCAGCCAGAGGAGAACAAGGUGUUUGUCUUGCCCACCUGAGUCCUGGCUGGGCAGCUGGCCACGGUGGCACCGUCCACAGAGAUGUCCCCAUCCAGUGGCUGGGAGGGAGAAGAUGAGGCAGCCAGGAAUAGAGGAACCAUCUUGACGACACAGGGCUCUUGGCAGUUCCUCGUUGGAAACUGUAAACGAUUGAAUCAUAGUUUGGACUGGGCUUCCCCCAUGCUCUAGAGAAGGUGCAGUGGUGGCAGCUGAAAGCCUGCCUCUGACUCAGCCUCCGGAGAGUGAAAUGGUGAUCAGGAUAAAUUGUGGGGUGGUUUGCAAGACGGAGUGAGUGGGAUGAGAAGUAACAAAUGAGACAAUGUGAACGGUGGGGGGGGGGGUACUUUAGGAAGAGAAGCAACCGCCUUAUACCUGCAGGAGAAGAG